UAAUAAUAUUAAGCAAGAUUAAUCGAUAGGAUGUCUGAACAAUGGCCAAGCAAUAGCAAUGAACAUGCAAGACUGCUGGGGAGUCAAGCUGAGAAAAACAAGCACUUCUCUAAAAGCCAUCGGGAAAUAAGCGGGCUGAGGAGCAAACUUGGAAGCAACUUUAAUUAAAAUAUCUUCAAUAAAUGACUCGUUCAGAGAAUCUGGGGCUGAAGACAAUGAUACUUCUUCAAAAUAUAACAAGCCUCAGGAGAUGCAUCGCCACUUUUCUGGGGAUUCCUUCAGCCAAGAUGGAGAGUGCGACCUCGACAGUUCAGAACCAAGAAUCAGAAGGGUUGAUGCAGAAUCGAGUACAAUGAAAUCAGCCGAAGGAGCAGCCAGUAAUGAUCAGACAUUAAAUUUUCGACCUGAGAACUCAAGGCAAUUACCCCAGGAGAAGUCGAGCAGUUUGACCUCAAGCAGUAAGACCUCAUUGGGCUUUUUAAAUGACUUCUACUCGAAUGUGGUUGAUCUGAUAAAGUACAGAAACUUGGACAAGCUUGAGGCGCAAUUGGAGCAGAAUGAUGAUGUCUUUGGUCCAAUUGAUAUCACGAAGAAAACCAUACUCCAUUAUGCCUGAGAGUUUAACUCACUUGAAAUUUGAAAGUUGAUUGUAGACUGAUUGUUCAGAAGAAAGAAGAGAACCAACCUUAAACUAAAUGAUUGGGUAAAUUGCUCAAACUCAGAUGGUCUCACCUCCGUUCACUUCGCUGCUUAUAGAGGAAAUAAUGAACUCAUUAGAUACCUGGUAAAUCUUGGAGCCGAUAUAUAUGCUCAGGACAAUGAUGGGCAUAAUUGAGUUCACAUUGCAGCCCAAUCUGACAAAGUGAAUACUAUUUACUAUUUGAUCAAGAAUUAUGGUUUUGAUAUUAAUCAGGGAGACAAUAAUAACAGCACUGCUCUCCAUUGGGCAGCAUUUCUAAACAAAGAGAACGCUCUCACCUACUUACUGGCUUGGGGUGCUGAUCCGAACAGGCAGGAUAUAGACAACAAUACUCCUCUUCAUUUGAGUGUGAUAUCGGCUUGUCGAGGAACAAAGACGCUAAAUAUAAAGCUAUUAUUACUAAAAGGGGCUUCCCGGACUCUGACAAAUAAUGACCUUUGCACUCCUCUCGAUCUUGUCAAAGCAGGUGAUCACCUCGAAAACGAACUCAGAGAGAUCCUCAAAGAAACCUCAGUGGUCUCCUGUUUCAUGCUGAGAGCUCCUUUGGCCAAGAUGAGGAAGAAUGAAAGAACAGUAGCGUUUUUCUUGGUGAUGAUCUUUACAGUCAUGAUUCUUUCAUUUUUAUACGUGAUCCCUACAUUCAAGUCGAAUUUGGUGGCCAUUCUUUCAGGAGUCUUCGGGAUCUAUUUGUUUGUUUCAUUCGGAGGAGUCACAAUUAAGAACCCAGGCUAUCUUGAACAAGAUCCAGAUGUAGACUUCCAGGAGCUGCUUAACACUCUCGAUCCACUUGAUAUUUGACCAGAAUGAGAAAUCAUACUGACUCCGAGAUGUAGACAUUGAAACAUCUGCAACAAGUGAGUGGAAAGGUUUGACCACCACUGACCGUACAUCAAUAACUGUGUGGGUUACAGUAACCACGGAUGGUUUCUGUCGUAUGUAUUUUCAAUGGCUCUCAAUAUUAUCCAUCACAUCGCCCUCUGAAGUCUUGCUCUAGCAAGAGGAGAGGAUCCUGGGACCUCUCUUGUUGAAGAGAUGGACAAUAUUGUAAUGUUCUAUGUGAGCUGAUCGAUCAUUCUGAUAAUUUGUGGAAUCUUUGUGCUACCAGUAAUCUUUUUGGUUUUUAUCCAUAUUACUAAUUUCAUGAAGAACAAGACCACAAAUGAAAGAUUUUCGAAGCAGAAAGUAAACAAUACAUCUCUUACGAAUAAGAUUACGAACUCGGUGGGUGAUGACACAUCUCCAAGCAUCUUGGUAAAUGUGGAGUACAACUCUUUCAUGGGAAAACAGCACAAGAGUUGAUUCUCUAACUGUGCUUCGAUGUGAAACUAUAAGCCUCCUUCUCAGUUGGAAAUGAGAAACGAAAUCAUGAAUCAAGACUAAUUUUUAAAUUCAAUAUUUCCUAUUAAAAAA